AUGUUAAAUAAUUAUGAUUUACCUUAUCGUAUUAUUGAUAGUUUAAAACAAACGAAUUCAAAUGAUGAAGAAGACUAUGACAAUUGUUUUACUUAUUUAACAUAUGAUUCCAAAGAUAAAAAUAAAACAAAAUAUGUUUUAAAAAUAUUUGAUCUGGAAAAAAUGACAAAUCUUAGUGAAUUUAUUAAAGAUAUUCUAUGGUAUAAACAAUUAAAUCAUUAUAAUUUAAUGUCACUCAGAGAUUGUUUUCUUAUCGAUACAAAACUUCAUCUUAUUAAACCUUAUGCAUCAUUUGGUUCUUGUGCUGAUCUGUUAUCUGUUCAUCCAUUUGGUAUACGUGAACAACUAAUUGCUCACAUUAUGUGGCAACUCUUACAAGCUCUUCGUUAUUUACAAGAUAGACACAUAAUGCAUCGUGGAAUUUCUUCAAAAAAUAUAUAUAUUUGUGAUAAUGGACGUGUUUUAUUAGAUAAUUUUUCUCAUUGUAUAUCAAUGAUAUCACCAUUUGAUGGGAAAUUACGACGUCAAAUAUAUGAUUAUACAGAUAGUCUCAAAGAUGAAAUAUUAUAUUUAGCACCAGAGAUAAUUUAUCAAAACGCUGAUGGAUAUAAUUUCAAAAGCGAUGUUUAUAGUUUAGGUACUGUUGCAUGUGAACUUGCUAAUGGAAGUAAUACUUAUAUUGAUAUGCCUUUUGGAAGUUUAAGUAUGUUAUAUGCUAAAAUUCAAGGUUCAGAACCAAUUUUACUUGAUCAAACACAAUUAACAGAUGAAAUGAUUGCACUUAGUGAUGAUAAUUCCAGUUCAUAUGUUGAAGAAAUUAAAAGACGACGAUAUACCAAAGAAUUCCAUUCAUUUGUUAAAAAUUGUGUAUCUACAUCACUUGAAUCUCGACAUUCGGUUGAUGAAUUAAUAAUGCAUCCAUUUGUCAAACAUCCUAAAAAAAUCAGUCAUGAUUCUCAACAUCUUGCUGAUGAUAUGGCUAAAAUUCUUGGAUUUUAUAAAGCAAAAGAAUUAAAUAAUACAGAAGCAAAUAUCGAACAAAUAUUUGAUAAUUCCAAUAAGAAAUAUAAUAGUAUUAAUUUAUCAUGGGAAUUUUAA